CCUGCACUACACUUCCCAGGAGGCUGUGCGCGGCGGCGGAUCACGUGACGGGAGCGCGGGCUUUGGAAGGCGGCGGAGCGGGAGGGCAUCCGCGGCGGUGCUGAGCAGCUUGCGGGGCCAAGCACGGUCCUGGGCGACACCGGACCCAGCGCUAGCUGUCGAGGAGGCCUCGCGCCUUAAAGGCCAGCCGUCCCUCCUGUCUCACUAUGGGAAUUCAAGGCCUGGCCAAACUGAUUGCUGACGUGGCCCCCGGGGCCAUCCGGGAGAAUGACAUCAAGAGCUACUUUGGCCGCAAGGUGGCCAUCGACGCCUCCAUGAGCAUUUAUCAGUUCCUGAUCGCCGUGCGCCAGGGCGGGGACGUGCUGCAGAACGAGGAGGGGGACACCACCAGCCACCUGAUGGGCAUGUUCUACCGCACCAUCCGCAUGAUGGAGAAUGGCAUCAAGCCCGUGUACGUCUUUGACGGCAAGCCACCGCAGCUCAAGUCGGGCGAGCUGGCCAAGCGCAGCGAGCGGCGGGCCGAGGCCGAGAAGCAGCUGCGGCAGGCCCAGGCCGCCGGCGCCGGGGACGAGGUGGAGAAGUUGACCAAGCGCCUGGUGAAGGUCACCAAGCAGCACAACGACGAGUGCAAGCAGCUGCUCAGCCUCAUGGGCGUCCCGUACCUGGACGCGCCCAGCGAGGCCGAGGCCAGCUGCGCCGCCCUCGCCAAGGCCGGCAAAGUCUACGCCGCGGCCACGGAGGACAUGGACUGCCUGACCUUCGGCAGCCCCGUGCUCAUGCGGCACCUGACGGCCAGCGAGGCCAAGAAGCUGCCCAUCCAGGAGUUCCACCUGAGCCGGAUCCUGCAGGAGCUGGGCCUCACGCAGGAGCAGUUCGUGGACCUGUGCAUCCUGCUGGGCAGCGACUACUGCGAGAGCAUCCGGGGCAUCGGGCCCAAGCGGGCCGUGGACCUCAUCCAGAAGCACAAGAGCAUCGAGGAGAUCGUGCGCCGCCUCGACCCCAGCAAGUACGCCGUGCCCGAGAACUGGCUGCACAAGGAGGCCCAGCAGCUCUUCCUGGAGCCCGAGGUGCUCGACCCGGCGUCCGUGGAGCUGAAGUGGGGCGAGCCGAAUGAGGAGGAGCUCAUCAAGUUCAUGUGCGGCGAAAAGCAGUUCUCGGAGGAGCGGAUCCGCAGCGGGGUCCGGCGGCUGAGCAAGAGCCGCCAGGGGAACACGCAGGGCCGCCUGGACGACUUCUUCAAGGUGACCGGCUCGCUCUCGUCGGCCAAGCGCAAGGCGCCCGAGCCCAAGGGGUCCGCCAAGAAGAAGGCGAAGCCUGGGGCAGCCGGCAAGUUCAAAGGGGGGAAAUAAAGGCGCGUCCCCGGCCCUGGAGUACUGGCCUCGCUGGGACCUCAACCCAAGAGAGCUUCGUGCCGGGGGGGGGGGGCUCGCGAUGCUUCCCCAGCUCCCCCUGCCCCUUAGCGCUUGCCCUUCUGUACUUGAUCUUGCGGCAGGAAGGCGCCGGGGACACUUUGUUUUCUUCUCUCUUAGCUCAGGAAAGUGUGUCCAGGCCCCUAAGGCCCGGCAGGCACUCUCAUGGACUCCGAUCCUAUUGUUAUGGGAAAGGGACAGCUCCAGGUUUUGAAGAGGGGGUGGGGGAUAAGUGGUAGAGAUGGAAGUCUGUGUAAAACUGAUUUCCUGACUGGCCCAACUGGUGGCUGACGGGAAGGGGGGGUGGGUGGCACCGGACUGGGUUUCUCCCUGGCUCGGCCUUGCCCGGCCCUGUAGGGGAGGCGGCAGGAAACCCCGGUCUGACCUGGAGCGCCGCUGAGAAGUAGGGAGAGCCGGGGUCCCCGGAGUGGGCCACAGGGGUCCAACUGCGGGCUGCGUGUCUGGGGUGGGCAGAAACUUGAACCUGCUAUGUAACUUGAGUCUUCACGGUGGUCCUUUAGAGGCAUAAGAUGGCCAGAUUCUAAUGGCUUCCCUGAGGCGGUCAGCUGAGACUUGGGGACGGGGUGCUUGUUUUCAUGUGCUGUUUUUGUUUUAAACGUAUGAACAAAAGAGUCAAUAAAAUUAUAAAAGGA